AAUUACACAAUCUUUAUGCAGAAAUUAACGUUUUUUGACCGAUUUUUUCAUGGACGAGCCGUCAGUUUUGCAAGUGGUGAACCCUGUGCAUGGAGCUGGGGCCGGAGCUGAAGAUGUACUGAACACAGAAGAAGGUGCCAACGUGCACGGGUUUAAAGGAAGGUCCAUCAUGUUCACCACAGAACAGCGUACAGUGCUUAUGCGCUACUUUGAGGAGUACGGGAUGACGUCCACUCAUCGCCGCAACACAGAGCUAAUGCAGCGCUGCGCUCAGGAGGUCCACACUUCCAUAGACAGGAUCAAGAACUGGAUCGGAUCGGAGGCAGUAAAGAGAAAAAGGAAGGCUGGAAUCCUGCCAAGACCAAAGAUAGAGAUUGCCGGAAAUGACACCUUACCGAAAGUGAUAGCUACUCCACCAACCAAGAAGAUCAAAAGAGUCAACGGUUAUAACCUCUUCUUCUCUCAUGUUGUGCGGACGAGGGAUGACGUUGGUUCAGAGUUUAAGGAGCGCAACGCUAAGGUGGCUCUCAAGUGGGCGGAGCAAACUGAAGAAGAGCGUAAGCAGUGGGCUCUCAAAGCGGAGGCUGUGUGUGCGUCCUCUAUACAAGAGCUUGUAGCUAGCUCACAGCCUGCCCCCCUUGGUCUCUCCUCGCUCCUCUCCCCGGCCAUGGCCUCUGAUCUUGGAGGAACUGGCUCUCUUGUGGAGAAGGCUCUAUUAGGCAUUCAGGAAAAGUUUGAAUUGCUGGAGCAGCUUGGUUUUGAAGGCUAUGCUGUGCUGGUCAACACAGGGGAGCUGGCCACUCACACUCUAGGCACAGGCAAGGGCAAGAGCUUCCACAAGAUGAGGCAAAACCUCGGCAAACCUCUAGAGAACCCCUUCAUUGGCCACGUGUUCAGUGAGGACACAGAGCUUAGUUCACUGUCCUCACUGGGAUCUGGACUCCCCUCCCUCCUGCCCAUCAAGAGAAUGUCUAGUGGUCUCCUGCCAUCUCUGAGCAGCCUGGACACAAUGCAGAAGAGUGUUCUCAAUGCAUUUGCCCUCAAAUACAAAGUGGCGACUGGUCGCUCUGAGGUACCCUAUGACAACCUGGCUAGUCUGGGUGUGCAGGUGUAUGGCCUCCCCCUCGGCAUUCCCUUCCAUUCACCCAUACUCUACAAUCAGCAACAGCUGCAGCAGAUACUGGCCAACCUCGAGAAGAUUGUCUUCCUCAAAGGUGGCCACCAGGGUAGUCUCCCUGACACAUUAACAGAGGUGGAGCUAGCGGCACAGUCACUGGUCACCUCAGGGCAUGACCUACACAUAGGCGCAGAAGAGGAGGCAGUACAAUGAACUAUGAACUCUCUUAACACUAACCAAUCAUCCAUUUUGUAUUUAUCACUGUAUGUAGUAAUCUGAUAAAUGUGGGAAACCAUGCUCUUCACUUUUUUUGUAACUAUGACAACCUGCAUGCUUCAUCAUUAUAAUACUAAACUUCCUGUUUACAUGA